AUGAUCAAUCACGCAGCCAGCCUCCCAGCCGGCAGAGGACUCCCCGGUGAUGGCGCGACACCGCGGACAAGAUUUCCCGUGACGAAUAAACAACUGAUGAAGCGAGUACUUCAAAUGAUCCGGAAUGCGCACCUCCAGGUGGCUGAAAGCCGUGAUCUCCGUCGCUCUAUCCGGAGGCACCCAGUUCAGCCAUUUUGUGAUGCGGAAGAUGUGUGUAUCCACCGCGAAGCACGGGCGCUGGAGGCAAAACAGCAGCACGCACGCCGCCGUCUUCGGACCGAUGCCGGGAUAUUUCAUCAGCUCCUUCAUCGCCUGCUCGGUAUCCAGACUGUGGAGGUGGUUGAGCGAGAGAAAGCCCUGGUCCGCACAGGCUACAUCGUACUGCUUGCGGCCUUCCGAUUCACAUUUAAGCACCGGGUCGUCCUCGUCCUUGACGAUCUUCUCUCGCCGUGUCUGAUUCUCCUCAUGGACCAUAUCGAGGAUAGCCUUGAGAUUCUUACUCUUGAUAUCGGCCAGCCCGCCACUUUUGAUCGCUUCAAAUACUUCUUUCAAUGGAGCCCGCCGGACGGCGUCCCAGUUCACGCUCCCCUUGCCGAUUCCUUCCUCGAGGACGCCGAAUUUCUGCACGAGGCCGUUGAACGCCAACGCGGAGUUUCUCCCGGUCGUAGCACCGCUCAAGAGCGUGCGAACCAGGGCGUCGAGCACAGAGGGAACCUCUCCGCAGCCUGUCACCGUCAGAGACGGCUCCGGGAUGGUCGUUGGUGGGACAAUCUCCCCGUGCACGCUGGAAAGCAGACGGUUGACUUCUUCGCACUCUUCUGCUGUCGGCCGAUUCCAGUCCGGGAACGGGGUUACGCCAGGUGUCAGGCCAUAGUUCGACUUUUUGGGCUUCUUUCCUUUUCCCGAAGCUGGAAUGACGGCUGGGAGCGUGGGUGA